GUUUUACGCCUUACGUUUCUUUCGGUUAAAAAACUGACAAAACUGACAAAAUGAAGCUGGCUCAGAUUGUGAAGAUGAAGGGAUUGUUCCGGAAGAUCAGGCUUUCUUUGAGAAGGCAGGAGCAGAUCAGUGACAGAGAGAACAUGUCCGGAAACAGCCUGGUGCUACCCAUAGUGCUGUGGGGCCGCACCGCCCCCACACACUGCAUCUCCAGCCUCCUGGUGAUGGACGACCUGGCCACCAUCAUCACCGGCUGCCACGACGGCCAGAUCUGUCUGUGGGACAUGACCGCUGACCUGGAGAUCAGUCCCAGGGGGCUCCUGUUUGGCCACACCUCCUCCAUCACGUGUCUGUCCAAGGCCAGCUCCGGCAGUGACAAGCAGUACAUCGUCAGUGCGUCAGAGAGCGGAGAGAUGUGCUUAUGGGACGUGAGUGAUGGGAGGUGCAUUGAGUUCACUAAGCUCGCCUGCGCACACACAGGCAUUCAGUUUUACCAGUUCACCAUCGGCACCCAGCGCGAGGGGCGGCUUCUUUGCAACGGCCACUACCCAGAAAUCCUUGUGGUGGAUGCCACCAGCCUGGAGGUGCUGUAUUCGCUGGUGUCCAAGAUCUCGCCCGACUGGAUCAGCUCCAUGAGCAUUAUUCGCUCACACCGCACCCAAGAGGACACAGUAGUGGCAGUUUCAGUCACUGGGAUAUUGAAAGUAUGGAUCAUCACAGCUGAUGUCAGUAAAAUGCAGGACACAGAGCCCGUCUUUGAGGAGGAGUCGAAGCCCAUCUACUGCCAGGGCUGCCAGAGUAUCUCCUUCUGCACCUUCACUCAGCUGUCCCUGCUGGUGGUCUGCUCCAAGUACUGGAGGGUGUUCGACGCGGGUGAUUUCUCCCUGCUGUGCUCCGUGCCCAGUGAGAACGACCAGGCCUGGACUGGCGGAGACUUCAUCGCCACCGACAAGGUCAUCAUCUGGACCGAGGAUGGCUGCAGCUACAUCUACAAGCUCCCCCUCAGCUGUCUCCCGGCCAGUGAGCACUUUCGGAGCGAUGUUGGGAAGACUGCAGAAGGCACUGUUCCCCCGCUGGUGUACAGCAUCGCCGACCGCACCGACAAGCAGCUGCUGAUCUGCCCCCCCGUCACGCGGUUCUUCUACGGUCGACGGGAGCCCUUCCACAAGCUGCUGGUGCAGGGCGACUCAGGGGGGCGUCUGUCGCUCUGGAGCAUCCCCGACCCCUCGCCCCUCCAGCCACUGUCCACCACCGCAGAGCUGCAGGUGUCCUCCAGCAUCAGCCUCCAGGAGGCCUUCGACAAGCUGACGCCCCAGCCGGCGGGCAUCAUCGACCAGCUGAGCGUGCUGCCGGGCUCGGAGGAGCCGGUGAAGGUGACGGCCAGCGUGUACAUCCCGUCGCAGGGCCGGCUGGUGUGCGGGCGCGAGGACGGCAGCAUCGUGCUGGUGCCCGCCACCCAGACCGCCAUCGUGCAGCUGCUGCAGGGGGAGCACAUGCUGCGCAGAGGCUGGCCUCCCCACCGCACGCUGAGGGGGCAUCGGAACAAGGUGACGUGCCUGCUGUACCCUCACCAGGUGUCCCCGCGCUACGACCAGCGCUCCCUGGUGUCCGGAGGAGUGGACUUCUCCGUCAUCGUCUGGGACAUCUUCACCGGCGAGAUGAAGCACAUCUUCUGUGUCCAUGGCGGGGAGAUCACCCAGCUCCUGGUGCCGCCGGAGAACUGCAGCACGCGCGUGCAGCACUGCGUGUGCUCGGUGGCCAGCGACCACUCCGUGGGCCUGCUCAGUCUGCGGGAGAGGAAGUGCAUCAUGCUGGCGUCCCGGCACCUCUUCCCCAUCCAGGUCAUCAAGUGGCGGCCCUGUGACGACUACCUGGUGGUGGGCUGCUCCGAUGGCUCCGUCUACGUCUGGCAGAUGGACACGGGUGCCCUGGACCGCUGCGUGAUGGGCAUCACGGCGGUGGAGAUCCUGAACGCCUGCGACGAGGCGCUCCCCGCGGCCGUGGACUCGCUCAGCCACCCGGCGGUCAACCUGAAGCAGGCCAUGACACGCCGCAGCCUGGCAGCGCUCAAGAACAUGGCGCAGCACAAGCUGCAGACGCUGGCCACUAACCUGCUGGCCUCCGACAACGCCGACAAGGGAAACCUGCCCAAAUACUCCCACAACUCCCUAGUGGUCCAGGCGAUGAAGACCAACCUGACGGACCCGGACAUGCACGUGCUGUUCUUCGACGUGGAGGCGGUGAUCAUCCAGCUGCUGACGGAGGAGGCUCAGAGGCCCAACCCCACGCUGGUGUCCCCCGAGACCCUGCAGAAGUCGCAGGGCAGCGCCGACAAGGGCGGCUCCUUCCUGGCCGGCAAGCUCUUCAAGCAGGUGAAGGAGACCAUCAAGGAGAACAUCAAGGAGCACCUGCUGGACGAGGACGAGGACGAGGAGGAGGAGCAGCGGCGGCGGGAGGAGAAGUCCAAGUCCCUGAGCCUCCUGGAGUACAACCUGACCAUGGACACGGCCAAGCUGUUCAUGUCCUGCCUGCACGCCUGGGGCCUGAACGCGGCGCUGGACGAGGUGUGCCUGAGCCGUCUGGGCAUGCUGAAGCCGCACUGCCCCAUCUCCUUCGGCCUGCUGUCGCGGGGUGGACACAUGUCCCUCAUGCUGCCCACCUUCAAGGACUCCAUGUUCCGCCUGAUGGCCGCCGCCUCCGCCGGCGGGCGCAAGAUGUCCGCCUCCGAGGUGGUGGGCAAGGGCACGUACGGCGUGUCGCGGGCCGUCACCACCCAGCACCUGCUGUCCGUCAUCUCCCUGGCCAACACGCUCAUGGGCAUGACCAACGCCACCUUCGUGGGCGAGCACAUGAAGAAGGCCCCGACCAGGCCUCCCAGACCUGGGACCCCGGAGGCUGCCAAAAAGACCCCCCCACAGGCCUCCAGCCCAGCCGUGCAGGGACAGAUCAAACAAGCCGCUGCUGCUACUACCACUCCUGCUCCUGCCACCGCUGGCUCUGGGGCUAUUCACCCCGGCCCUGCUUUCCAUACCUGUCCCUCAGUCAACGAAGGCUGGAGCCAGCUGGCCGCCAUGCACUGCGUCAUGCUCCCCGACCUGCUGGGCCUGGACAAGUUCCGCCCGCCCCUGCUGGAGAUGUUGGCCCGCAGGUGGCAGGACCGCUGUCUGGAGGUGAGAGAGGCAGCCCAGGCCUUGCUGCUGGCUGAGCUGCGUCGGAUUGGACAGUCGGGCAGGAAGGACACCAUCGACCUGUGGGCCCCCUACCUGCCCCAGUACGUGGACAGCGUCAGCUCCCCUGGAGCAGCCGCAGACGUGCCGCAGCCGGCCCCUCCCCCGCCCGAGCCCCAGCCUGUGGAGGCCAAGGCCCCGGAAGAGGAGAUGGACGUCACCGACGAUGACAUCACUGCUGGAUGUCUGUCCAACCUGCCGCCCAACGCCAAGAAGAUCUCCAACUCCUACGAGGAGCGUCGCAAGCAGGCCACCGCCAUCGUCCUGCUGGGAGUCAUCGGCGCCGAGUUUGGCGCCGAGAUCGAGCCGCCGAAGCUGCCGUCCCGCGCCCGCGCGUCCGCCCAGGGGUCCACCCAGGCCCCCGACGGCUUCGGCCUCACCACCGGGGGCUCCAACUACUCCCUGGCCCGCCAUACCUGCAAGGCCCUGACCUUCCUGCUCCUGCAGGCCCCCAGCCCCAAGCUGCCCCCCCACAGCACCAUCCGCCGCACCGCCAUCGACCUGAUCGGCCGGGGCUUCACCGUGUGGGAGCCCUACAUGGACGUGUCGGCCGUGCUGAUGGGUCUGCUGGAGCUGUGCGCUGACGCCGAGAAGCAGCUGUCCAACAUCACAAUGGGGCUGCCCCUCAACCCCGCGGCGGACUCUGCUCGAUCCGCCCGACACGCUCUGUCGCUCAUCGCCACGGCCAGACCACCGGCCUUCAUCACCACCAUCGCCCGGGAGGUGCACAGACACACGGCCCUGCAGGCCAACACGCAGUCCCAGCAGAACGUGCACACCACCACGCUGGCCCGAGCCAAGGCCGAAAUCCUGCGCGUCAUCGAGAUCCUCAUCGAGAAGAUGCCUGGCGAUGUGGUCGACCUGCUCGUCGAGGUGAUGGACAUCAUCAUGUACUGCAUGGAGGGAUCUCUGGUGAAGAAGAAAGGCCUGCAGGAGUGCUUCCCCGCCAUCUGCAGGUUCUACAUGGUGAGCUACUGCGACCGCAGUCACCGGAUUGCUGUGGGGGCACGCCAGGGAUCGGUUGCCCUCUACGACGUCCGUACUGGGAAGUGCCAGAACAUCCACGGGCACAAGGGGCCCAUCACAGCGGUCUCCUUCGCGCCUGACGGCCGGUACCUGGCCACCUACUCCAACGCUGACAGCCACAUCUCCUUCUGGCAGAUGAACACCUCGUUGCUAGGCAGCAUCGGCAUGCUGAACUCCGCCCCCCAGCUGCGCUGCAUGAAGACCUACCAGGUGCCCCCGGUGCAGCCCGCCUCCCCCGGCUCCCAGAAUGCACUGAAGCUGGCGCGCCUCAUCUGGACGUCCAACCGCAACGUCAUCCUGAUGGCCCACGACGGCAAGGAGCACCGCUUCAUGGUCUGAAGAUCGCCCGCCAUCACCGACCGCUCCACAAACCACACCAAGGCUGUGAAUCGCUCACUGCUGUUUCUCCGCUGUUUACGUUCUGCUCUCUCCCUGCUGUUAACUUUCUGCUCUCUCCCUGCUGUUCACUUUCUGCUCUCUCCCUGCUGUUCACUUUCUGCUCUCUCCCUGCUGUUUACAUUCUGCUCUCUCCCUGCUGUUUACGUUCUGCUCUCUCCCUGCUGUUUACGUUCUGCUCUCUCCCUGCUGUUAACUUUCUGCUCUCUCCCUGCUGUUUACAUUCUGCUCUCUCCCUGCUGUUUACGUUCUGCUCUCUCCCUGCUGUUUACUUUCUGCUCUCUCCCUGCUGUUCACUUUCUGCUCUCUCCCUGCUGUUCACUUUCUGCUCUCUCCCUGCUGUUUACUUUCUGCUCUCUCCCUGCUGCUUACUUUAUUGCUCUUAUUUAAGGACUUCAUGCUUUCUCAUGCAAACCUUGUUCACCUUGCUUCCAAAAAUACCCUGUGUGUAUAUUUGAAGUCAAUUGCUGGUGUGCACUUGUGGGAUAUGUUUUUAUUCACCCUUUGCAAAAAAAGCUUAUAGGAAAGGUCUAAUUAUAGGAUUGUAUAGGAAUAGCUGCCCGACAGGUGACAUGGGUAUUCUGGGUGCCUCACCCCGAAAUGUUUUUUCGCCCCUGAGUAGGAUGCAAAGAAAAGAUAAGAUUUUAUAUCGAUAUAUAAUCGCACGGUGGUCCUAAAUCAUAUCAUAUUGUAUGGGGUGUUAUGAAGAAUGCUUUUUGUUGUGGCUCGUAACGAUUCUGUACUAUGUUUGUCCAUCUGUUUUCUCAUUGGCUAUGGUGUAGAAUGAAGAAAUAAGUUACUGUAAAUGUUUUCACCUCCCUACCCCCAACCCCCGUAGCCCUAAAGAAGCCAAAAUCCACCGAAAUGAAGGCUUGUAGACUUGUACUCAACAGAGGUAUUUCACGCGUCUGUCUAUUGUAGAUAGUGCAGAAAGUAAACACAGAGAUGUAUUUUAAUAUAAUCUUCAGAAGGGUUACUGAAGCUUCUGGAGCCCAGCGAUGCAGAGAGGUGACAGGUGCGCUUCGGGCUGUCACUGUGGGCUGCCCCGCUGCCUCACAGAGCCCCCAUCAUCCGUAGAGACGGAGUAUAAACGCAUCUAAAGCCGCAGCACGUCUGCACACUGAAGCAUAUCAGCGCUCUGCUGGAAAAAAACACACGUUCUGUGAGUCUUGUCAAGUAGCGUCCAACGCCUCCACUUCCUUGUCAACGAGCCUCUAAAAUAUCUCUAUCCUUUUACUCCGUUCACCAUUCAUCCUUCAGGGGGGGAAAGAGAAAGGCUAUGGACAGGCAGAGUACAGCAGAGAGUGAGAGAAUGAGAGAGAUAGAGAGAAAGAUAGAAUGGGAGAGAGUCUUUCAGAAACAUCUACUCCUAUCUUUGUAUUGUGAUGUGAUUUCAAACAAAAGUAUUAAUGGAGCAGAUAAAAAAACAGUUUGCUCUCGUUCACCGUCAGUGGGUCCAGGAGUUGGAUGUUCAUUGAGGUUUUUCACCACUGCUCAGCUGAAAAAAUCCGUUAAUGUGGUGGUCAGGCUCUGGUCCCAUACUGGCAGAAGGCUCUUCCUCUGUUACGGAUGUUGGUAGAGUAAGACUCAGGGAGCAGGCCCCACAUUCCCCUCUUGGCCAGUAUCGUUAAGAUUCCCAUUAGCUUCCCUGGCUGCUCUUUAUUUCAUUCGCCCCGUGGCUGAGAGUGGCCCGGCCUGCCCGUGUUGGAGACGGGAGAGCUGUGGACGGAGAA